AUGUCCUCGACUAUAACUUCAUGCUUUGUCGUCAUUCUGUCAAUCAUAAUGAUGUUACUCAGAAAUAAUACGACCUUUAAACAACGAUUGGCACGUAAACUGGAAAAUACCAUGACAAGGUUCAACAAACAUAUUCCGAUUUCGCAAGAUUUCAAACUCGAAACUUCACCUUAUUUCAAGCAACCGGUUGGACUUGCUGGUAUAUUUGAUAGCUUGACACAAUUUCAAGAGUACAAGGUGAGAGCAUUGAGACAAAAUGGUAUUAUUUUUCACAGAACUAAAGAGCUGAACUCAUCAUUACUCGACCAAUUGAGGGAGUUGCAGUACUUCGAUAAGUUGGUUGAUGUCAACCACGCAAUUGAAAAAAAUCAUGCAGUGACAGAGGCAAUAAUAAGACAUACUUUGCAGCAACUGGUAAAGAAUAAUACGCUGGAUACCGACAAUGGUAAAGAAAUCACUUCAAUGAUUGGGAAAUUGGGCUACCAAGUUACAGCUUCUAGUGAAGUCUCGAAAAUUUCAUCUGAAGUUGUUUUGGAGUCUAAGUCGAACCAAGGGCGUGUGAAUGAAGCGAUUUCACAUAUUUGCCGAGAUUGGCAUUUUGAGUACGAGAAAGAGCGUACACCUUUGAUAAAUUUCAUAAACUCGAGGCUUGACUCUCUCAAAGGUCAACGCAAAACUCUAGUGGUAUUUCCUGGUUCGGGUGCAGGUAAUUUAGCUUAUCAGAUUGCGAAAGAUCAUCCCAAUUUUGAGGUUCAUUCUAUUGAAUUUUCCAGUCUCAUGUACUUGUGCAAUGAGUUUAUAUUAGGUCAUAACGGGAAGGUAACAAUUGCUCCAUAUGCCCAACAUUACUCUGGGCAAGAAAAGUUUGAUUUCCAAAAAAGGGACUUAGAAUUAAAUCUUGAGAAAUUCCAUAGGCCACCAAAUUUAAAACCACUGUUUGGUGACUUUCGGGCCUACACACCCCUUUCUGAUUAUGAUGAAAUUGUGGUGUGUAGUGCAUACUUCAUUGACACAGCAGAGAAUCUGUUUCAGUAUUUUGAGGCUGUGGAACAACUUUGUUCUUUUUCCCCAACAAUACACUGGAUAAACAUAGGUCCUUUGAAGUACGGCACGCGCCCGUUAAUUCAACUGUCUAGUGAAGAAUUAGCCAAACUUCGAAAACUUCGCAAAUGGAAAGAUCUCUACAGCGAGUGUGAUACUACCCAUUUGAAUGGAUACUUAACUGAUGAACAUUCUUUAUACCAAGGAUUUUACGGUUUAGUGAAGUUUCAUUCUGUAUUCACAGGGAAUUAA